CCCAUGUGUGACCGGAGCGUACAUGCGUGUGCGGAUCUCCGCGCUCCGCCGGCCGGGUGGGUAGGUGGGCGCCGGGCGCGCAUGCGCGAUGGUCUCUGUGCUGCAGAUCGCUCCCUGAAAAGGCGACGCUGUCAGGGAAACACACAUGCAGAAAGAAGGGGUCCCACAUUUCUGGAGUGCCCUCCAUUCCUGCUAGCUGGUGAUGCAAAAAUCACUCCUCUGCGUAUCUCCGGCGCCGGAUUUCUCAUGUGUCGCUGUUGAAACCGAAAUCUGAAGAGCGAGAGAGGAGAAUUUUCAAAAUCAAUAUAGGACGAGAAAAAAAACGCCGACCACCAACAGGUGAGAGCGGAGAACAGAAGCAGCUAUGCCUCUGGUGAAGAGGAGCAUCGAGCCGCGGCACUUGUGCCGGGGCGCUCUGCCAGAGGGCGUAACCAGUGAACUUGAGUGUGUCACCAACAGCACGCUGGCAGCAAUCAUCAAGCAGCUCGGCAGCCUGAGCAGGCAUGCGGAAGACAUAUUUGGGGAGUUGUUCAAUGAAGCCAACAGCUUCUACAUGCGGAUGAACAGUCUGCAGGAAAGAGUGGAUCUCCUGGCUGUGAAAGUCACACAGCUGGACUCCACUGUGGAGGAAGUGUCUCUUCAGGACAUCAACAUGCGGAAGGCCUUCAAGAGCUCUACCAUUCAGGACCAGCAAGUGGUUUCCAGGACGUCCAUCCCGAACCCUGUCAUAGAGCGCUAUCAGGACUGCGACAAGCCCCCGCCCCUCAACAUCCUCACCCCAUACCGGGAUGACAAGAAGGAUGCCCUCAAGUUCUACACAGAUCCGUCUUACUUCUUUAAUCUGUGGAAGGAGAAGAUGCUGCAGGCAACUGAGGACAAGAGGAAGGAAAAGAGGAGGCAGAAGGUGAGGGAGCAGAAGCAAGUGGAGGACCCGAGUCGCGAGGUUAAGAAGGUGCGGAAGGCACGGAACCGGCGCCAGGAGUGGAACAUGAUGGCGUACGACAAGGAGCUCCGCCCGGAUACGCACUUCACGCCAUCGCCCUACCACGGGAUGUCCUCAGAGGGCUCCCUCUCGCCCGACAGCAGGUCCGUGGCCUCGGAUGUGGGUGACCGGUCCUACCCUGCCAGCCCCAACCAUCCUGCCCAGCAGGCCGGUGCCUCUGGCGCCCACUCAGUAACGGAGGGCAGAGAAAUGUUGACGGCCCCCUCCCAGACCCAGUCGCUGGACCGCCCCUUCCGGCCGGCUGGCACCGCCCCCAGCGGCAGGCAGAACUCCCUGGGCCGCGUGCAGCCCCCCCACGCUGCCCCGCCUGUCGACUCUGCCCUCAACGGCCCCCGCUCGCAAGCGGUCAAGGAUUACGGGAGCCAGCAGAUGCCCAUGCCCGAGUACUUCGUGCCCCCGGCCCCUCCCCCACCGCCGCCCCUCAUCCCGUCCGCCCAGACAGCCUUCGACAGCCCGGCGACGCCCCCCGCCUUGCCCCCCAGUGCGGUGGCUGCCAUGUCCCGACCCUACACCCCAUCCCCCCCUCCACCUCCCGCCUCCUACGUCCCAUCUCCUUCCCACCCACCCUCUGGCGGCCCACCCAUGGCCCCCCCACCCCCGCCACCGGGGCCCCCAACCCACGCCUUCUCUCCGGCCCGCGCCGUGGUCCCGCCUGCUGGUGAGCCAAUGCCCAGGAAGGGCCAGGUGCCGCUGAUCCCCAUGAGUGACGCCCGCAGCGACCUGCUGGCCGCCAUUCGCAGAGGCAUCCAGCUGCGGAAGGUGCAGGAACAGCGUGAGCAGGAAGCCAAGAAGGAGCCGGUGGGCAACGAUGUGGCCACCAUCCUGUCACGCCGCAUCGCCGUGGAGUACAGCGAGUCCGACGACGACUCGGAGCUGGACGAGAAUGAAUGGUCCGACUGAGGAAGACGAGCGGCCGCAGGGGGAGGAAGAGGCCGGGCCUGAGCUGCUCUCAAAUAGCCUCAUUAUCACUUACUCUGUUAACACCCUUAUAACUCAGAGGGGAGAAGGGGGGGGGGGUCCAGGCCGACACUCUCAAAGGCAUUUGUUUAUACACUCACACUAACAACACUGAUACAGUCUCAGGCACGAGGUGGAAUAGGCAGUAGCUGAGAUAUUAGGGAGCCCUCUAGUGGGGAUAUGAGGGCGAGCAAGAUCCAUUUAACACCAGACACCAUGUGCUGUUGAAGUGUAUAUUGUAUACAGUAUUUAUGGUUAAAACAUCUGGGUUCUGCCGGACCAGUCCAAGUCAGCUGCCAAAUAAAAGGCACAGAAUCCAUGAUCAUGUCCAAAAUUUAGGCAAUGUCCCCCCUCCUCCCGAGAGCCCCUCUACCCUCCUCAAAGAAGUUUUGUCCUAUUAAAGUGACCUCAUUCCGCAUCCCAAUGUCGAGCCAUUUUGAUAGCUCCCCAGUCGCGGUUUAAUUUACAGCUGCCUGUACAUACAAAUACAACGAUUCCGGGGGGAAAAAUCUGGAGAAGGCGUCGGCGAUGUCACGCCUGCACAUUUGUAAACCAGCCAAACAUCGACUGUACUGAAUUAGUCCGAAAACCUUCUGAGAUCGUCGCAAUGCUUAUGUAUAAAGCAUCCAGCUCGAACAAUCCUCACAUUCGCUCAUAUGAGAGCAGCAGGGAGAGCUGCCAGACGAGGACUAAGUACAUCUACGAUAAGAUUAAAUCUCUGUGUGUGCGUGUACAUGUGUGUCCAUCAGGAAACGAUUAGUUAAUAUAAUUAUUUAAUCAAUAUAAAGCACAAACUGUCUCGAAAGCGUUCUGCCUACGUACCAAACGAAAAGAGGAAGAGCCCCGCUACCCCGGUGUUGUGUAAUUGGGCAUGCGGUAUAUCCAUUCCCACCAAAAAAAAAGAAAUGCUUUUUAAGUGUGUGCUAGCGGAGCAUCGAUGCCCAGCAUGUUAAAACAUCGAUUUUAGGUUUAAUUAAAAAACAUGCGGUGGCUCUGUAAAGCUAGAAUUUCUGCAAUCACACAGCUAACAUUUAAUGUAAGUACACUGGUCACGAACCUAUAUGUAAAUAUGUACACAGGGCUGCCAUUUAACACUUCGGUGACUUUCGAUGCCCCGUUUUUCCCUUUAUUUCAGUACCGGCUAAGAUGUAUUUCUCUGUGCGUCUCGGACAGUGACGGUGAGGCUUAAGCCGGGCAGGGGUCUGAAUCUCCGUUUCGUCGUCGUUGUUUUAGUGCCGCCGGGAUGUGUGAGAACUGGGACAGUGCAACUUCCAACUUUACUACUGAAUUUACUCAUCAACAGCUGAGAUGUCUGUUUGGCCUGCAUUUAGUAAGUAUAUUUUGUGUUCUAAAUGAGACGUUGUAUAGAUUUUUGGUAAGACUGCUUGUAAAGUACCUUUAUCUGAAGAACAAACGUGUAUGUAUCCAUGGAGCAAAAUAUAGGUGAUUAUGCAUGUGCGGAAUACUAAUAAAACAUGGAAACACAAA